AUGGAGCGUCUUCUGGCGGAACACGGGGCCUCGUUCGACUUUGCGUUCAUCGACGCGGAUAAACGGAACUAUGGGAUCUAUUACGAACUGGCGCUGAAGCUGCUACGACCCGGUGGCACAAUCGUUAUCGACAACACGCUCCUACACGGCAAGGUCGCCGACCUGAGCGUGCGAGAGAAGCAUGUCCAGGCGAUUCGGCACUUAAACUCCAAGAUGGCCGCCGACGACCGCGUCAAUGUCUCCCUGCUCCCCGAACAAUGA